GUAUACAGUUUUCCAGUUGAUAAAACGCAUUCACAUUGGAAGAUAGCUAAAACCCUAAGCCUCAGCUCGUUGCUCUCCAUAACCGGACCUCGAGAUUUCAAUGGCCUCUCUGAGCUUGCCUGGAAGUCUCGUCAAGCCUCAUCGCAUCAAACGCCGCCCGCCGCCUUCAUUGAUUAGGUGUAAUGUGGCGGAGCCGUUAAAGUUCAAGGAUAAUGGCAGGCCAAGCUUGCCUGCACAGAUUGGCAGCGAUGCGACAUUUCCGAGCUUCCUAACCUCUAAUCAGUUCCGGAAACUUUCUAUUCCUCAAAAUCAGAAUGACACUAGACUCCGAAUUUUCUCAGGGACUGCCAAUCCUGCGCUUUCUCAGGAAAUUGCCUGCUACAUGGGUUUGGAACUCGGAAAGAUCAAGAUUAAACGUUUUGCUGAUGGUGAAAUAUAUGUCCAGUUACAAGAGAGUGUCAGAGGUUGUGAUGUAUAUCUUGUGCAACCUACUUGUCCUCCUGCAAAUGAAAAUCUUAUGGAGCUCUUGAUAAUGAUUGAUGCUUGUCGCAGAGCCUCUGCCAAAAAUAUUACUGCAGUUAUUCCUUACUUUGGUUAUGCUCGAGCUGAUCGGAAGACUCAAGGCCGUGAAUCCAUUGCAGCCAAACUUGUUGCUAAUUUGAUUACUGAAGCUGGUGCUGACCGUGUUCUUGCUUGUGAUCUUCAUUCCGGUCAGUCCAUGGGCUAUUUUGACAUUCCAGUGGACCAUGUACAUGGUCAGCCUGUUAUACUUGAUUAUCUUGCCAGCAAGACUAUCUGUUCUGAUGAUUUGGUUGUGGUGUCGCCGGAUGUUGGUGGAGUUGCAAGGGCACGGGCUUUUGCCAAAAAGUUGUCUGAUGCACCUCUAGCCAUUGUGGAUAAAAGGCGCCAUGCACACAAUGUUGCUGAGGUAAUGAAUUUGAUUGGUGACGUCAGGGGAAAGGUAGCAGUUAUGGUUGAUGAUAUGAUUGAUACUGCUGGUACUAUUUCCAAAGGAGCUGCACUAUUACAUCAAGAGGGAGCAAGGGAGGUGUAUGCAUGCAGCACUCAUGCUGUUUUCAGUCCUCCUGCAAUAGAAAGGUUAUCAAGUGGCCUCUUUCAAGAGGUAAUUGUCACAAAUACCAUUCCUGUCGCAGAGCAGAAUUACUUUCCUGAGCUGACGGUGCUGUCUGUUGCAAACCUUCUGGGAGAAACCAUAUGGCGUGUUCAUGAUGACUGCGCUGGUGGGUUUGAGCCUUACUCAAGCCUGGGCAUUGAUUGAUUCAGUCUGAAGGUGCUCCUUUUCUUGCCCUUUCUCUAUAGCCAUCCUUAAGAAUCUCAAUUUGAAGGGAUAACAUAUGGUGUUAACUGUAAAUUUGGCCUAAUGGUCUAUAGGUAGUGUAAAGGAUGUCCUGGGUGGCUCUGUUUUCUUGCUUGUGACUGCAAAAGCUGAUAUUUAAAUUGGAAAGUAACAGUAAAAAUUGUCUCAAGGAAUAA